UGGCUGAGACAGGUCCCACCUCCUGCCAUCCUGAGAGUGGGGAUUAGUGGGGAGGGUCUCUGAUGGGCAGGGAGAGGUCCCAGGAUUCUGAGCUGGUCCAGGACUGCCCCCUCCUGGCCCACUCAGAGUUCCUGGGUGUGAGAAGCUCCAUCUCCCGUGGGGAGCAUUGGCCUUGCCCUAUCUCUGCCUCCAGCAUCCAGGGCGGCCGCAGAUGGCAGUGUCUUUGGGGACAGCAGCUGCGAAUGAGUCCACGGGCCAACGCUGAGCUGCUCAGGCUGAGGCGGUGUGCUCAGCACAGAGACCCCGGAACUGGCAUCUGCAGGGCGUGAGCCAAGGCCGCCGCAAUGCCGCACUUCCUGGACUGGUUCGUGCCGGUCUACUUGGUCAUCUCCGUCCUCAUUCUGGUGGGCUUCGGCGCCUGCAUUUACUACUUCGAGCCGGGUCUGCAGGAGGCGCACAAGUGGCGCAUGCAGCGCCCCCUGGUGGACCGCGACCUCCGCAAGACGCUGAUGGUGCGCGACAACCUGGCCUUCGGCGGCCCCGAGGUCUGAGCCGACUCGCGAAGGGGACCGGCGGGCAGCACCGGGUGCCUUCCCCCAGCCCGCCCAGCCCGGAGACCCCCAAGGCAGAGGGAGGCCGGCCUCUUGGCCCUCUGUGCCAUCCCUCUGCAGCCUGGGACUUCCCAGCAGGGGCCCCAGGUGCUCUGGGAGGACGCAGGCAGUGGUGUUGGGGCACCCGGGUACCUGGACGAGUUGCUGCCGCCGGCCCAGGGUUUGCUCUCCGUGUCACUAGAGCCCACUCUCCCCAGCUCAGGGGCAUCCUUUGCUGGACCCCAGUGCCUUUAUGCUGCGCAGCACUCUGCCCCCUACUAGAGUCAGGCAUGGCAAUAGUUGCCUGUCCUGAGCCUCCCAAGCCCUCAUUUCUUCAUGGAGUACCUAGUUUCCCCACUUAGCUCCCCUGCCUCCGCUCACUGGCACCAGCGCUGCAGCUUUAGGCAGGAGGCAUGGAAGCUAACCCAGGGAGAGAACCUAAGAACCUCGCUUGAAGGGAUGCCAGCUUGGGCCAGCCCAGCCACACUCCACAGGGCUCAGGCUUGGAACUGGUGAGGCUGUGUGGUGGGGGCAUGCAGAGGGGUAAGACCGUGGGGGAAGAGAGGGUUGGGGAGGAAAGAGAGAGAAAAAAAGUCUGGGGGGAGUGGGCAAGCGUGGGGAGGUGAGAUGCAUAUAUGUGAGAGCAUGGGGGCUCCAGGCAGGGUAGGAGGUGAUAGAAACAGGGUGAGCUCCAUGGGCUGUGUGAGGACUAUCCAUAUGGGUCCUAACUCCCUCCCUCUGCUGGACUUCCCUAGCCCUUCCCCCUCCCCAAGACUGAGGUAGCUGGCAGGAACCCCUGCCCUCCCUCUCCGUCCUGUGCCAUACUUCUGGGGCCAAGCCCAGGUCCCUUGAGCCAGGCCCUGCCAGAUGCCAUGCUCACCCUGGAGCCCUCCUCCUGUGUGGAGCCUGUGUCGUCCCAUUUUGGACACAGAUUGGCAACCUGUCUCACCUCACCCCACCCCGCUUCGCUGGGGCUUCCAUGUUAACUUAUUCCCAAUAAUAAACCCUCCAUGAUGAUCUCUG